AUGGGCAAGCGGAGCAGGUGUAGUCUUUUCUCUGGUUUUGCAGGAAGUCGUGGAGAGGAGAACGUGAGCGGCAACAAGAAGGCUGAGCAGGUACUGUGUGGGCUUUUCCCAGGAAUGUUUGAGUGUUUGAGAUUAGGUAGAAUGGGUGCCAUGAGUGUUCUCAUAGCCACGACGGAGCGUAGAAUCGGUGCGGUGCAGGUGAACGGAGCAAUUAUAACGAUUGCGGGGAGGGUGCCGUCGCAGAAGAGGCCGGAGCCGACCGGCACAGGGGCGACCGCUCGCGCUCCAGUUUGGCGAGCGACGAAGGCGAACGUGGCGACCGAAGGAAGAUCGGAGAGGAUGCGACCGUUAUCGAGGAUGACUCAUGAGGAGCGAUGCGGAGGCCAGAUUCCUUGCACCGAGGCAGAAUACAGCAAGACGGGCCUCGACACUGUGACCGUAGCAUGGCAGUCAGCAGGGGUUAUAGGAGCGGGUUUUGCAGGAUGCUGUGGAGAGAAGUCGAGUGCUGGCAAGAGCCUGAGCAGGUACCGUGCAGGCCUUUCCGAGGCGUGCCCGGGGUCGCAGGGGAGCAGUUCGGUGCCUGGCAUCACGGGGCUGGCGAGCAUUGUCUGGGUGCCGGAGGCGAACGCGGCGAUCGAAGGAAGACCGGAGAGGACGCGGCCGCCGUCGCGGGUGCCUCCUGAGGACAGACGGUGACCCGCAGGCUCCGCACUGUAGAAGCUAAGCUGAAGGGCAAAGGGUGUUGGGGUGUGUUGGCUCAGUGUGUGUGUGUGUGCGUGUGCACGUGUGCUGACAUCAUUGUAGUGUGGAGGGCUCCUCAGGAGGAGUGCUGUGUGUGAGGAAGAGAUGGUGGGGUGUGUGUGGCAGAAAGCGAGGGGGUGCUAGGCAGGGCAGCUCCAGGGUGUCGUCUGUGUUCUGGUGUCGUCUGUGUUCUGGUGUCGUCUGUGUUCUGGUGUCGUCUGUGUUCUGGUGUCGUCUGUGUGUUGUGGCUGUGUUCUCUUUUGCUGAGGUCUUGAUGUCGCUCUUGUUCUUUGUGCUCAGGGAGCACAGCCCACACUGUGUAGGAGUAGCGUGGCAGGCAUCCGUUGCCCUUUGCCGGGCACGAGUCAUCGGCAUCGCGCCAAGGGAAUCUCGUCUCAUUCCGUGCGGCCUACCAGAAGGGGCGCUCCGUCGCUCCGGCUUCGCGUCACGGCCGAUCGGGCCACGGUCGUGGCCUCGCCGGCCGCUCCUCUUCCGAGGCCGCUCUCGUUCCGCAUCUUUGCGGUGCCCUUUCAGGGUUCUCUUCCCUGCGUUGUCCCGGGCUCGGGUCUUUCUCGCAAGCCUCUUCUUCCUCGGCGUUCCCGGCUUUGCCGGCUCCUUUCCAUCGCGAGCGGUGGCCUUUCCCCCUCUUUUCUGGACUCGUCCAGAGCAUCUGAGCUGCACAACUGUGCCAUUGCAUGGCUUUCUGGCUGACAGUCUUGCGUGUGUGUGUGAUUCUUUUUGUGUACAAUUCUGCUUUGUGUUUGUGUCUGUCCAUCUGGGGUUGGAGCUGCCUUGCCUGUGGAUGUAGCAAUGGUAGGAUGUAGAGUGUUGCAGUGAUGGACUGGGGUGGUGAUCAUUCAGCCUUUGCAUGCUGUGGUUUAUUUCUUGUCAGAUGCAGAGCAGCA